AUGGAGCAGAUAACCGGCGUCGACGUCUCGUGGAUGGCCCACCACGGAACCCCGAAAGACCGAACGCAGCCUACUCGUCGAUCCACCUUCCCUGCUCCCCCGGACCAGUCUCCCCGGGAUUCGCCCGCCUCGAGUCCGGUCAGGGAGGCACGCGAUGCGAAUGGCCACACAGACCCAGCACCGAAAACAAAUGGUACACUACCAAAGCAAAUACCCCCUCGUCCCGGGUUCACCAGGGAAAGGGGAAACUCGAUCAACGAGAAGAAUGGUGUGGCAGCCAGCGCAUCGCCGACGAGAAGACCCUCGUGGUUUUCCAACAUAUCGCAGAAGUUCUCGGGCAGCGGGCUUCAAAGCCCGCCACAAGCCAACAACACCCCGACCAAAGAUGCUGAGAUCUCCGUCCCCAAGAUCACGCCAGCCAAGAACGCAGUCCUCCAGCAUGCAGCUAAACACCAAGGAGAGGGCCCAUACACACCUGCCCCGCCCAGGUCCGGACAGACUGGCAUACUGCAUGUAUUGCGCAGAUUAUCGUCGAACUCUGGGCAGUUGGGCCCUCCUCUAAAGGGAGCCAACAACCAUGGACUGGUUGAGAGGAAGGUAUUGAACGUCGAUCAGCACCGGGAGCGAUGUCCUUUGGAGGAACUGCACCAAUCCAAGCUGCGGAGGGUGGCAUUUUGUGUCGACGUGGAAAUAGCGCCGAUGCCCAAAUAUUCCGAUGCUGAGGCGUCUCCUUCGCCCAAGGUGUGUGCCACCGGGAAGCCCGAGAAGCGAAAGCUCGCUGAGAAGGGUGAGGGCGAGGCGCUGAAGAAUCCCAAGGCUGUCGAGGAACAGAAGGAGCAGGAUGGUACCGUCGAGGUCUCGGGGGAGAAACUACCAAAGGAGCCUGAGAAAGAAGGUACAGAAAACAAGGACGUCUCUGCUAAUACCGACAACCCGCCUCCCACCGACACCAGCACAUCCACGAAAAAGAAGGAGAAAAAGAAGAGGAGCGAGGAAGAGAGGAAAGCGAGGAAGGAUAAGAAGCGGAAACUCGCCGAAGCCAACGGGCAAGUCCCUCUGGAGCUGCACCUUGACACCGAUACUUCCGAACCGUCAGCCCCGACCACUCCCAAGGUCCAGGCUGUCCCCACAACGAACCCAGUGCGCAUCUAUAGGAGAUGUUGUCAGCUCAGGGAGACACCUAUCCUCAAGAAGAUCACCGAGCAGCUCAUGGCACCCACAAACUCCACGCCGGCCGGUGUCGUUGAGAAGCUGGACCUCAGUGGGUACUGGAUGCAACUUGCAGAUCUCGUUACUUUGGGAGACUACCUGGCUGUCGUGCCGGUGAAGGAGGUAAUACUAGAAAACUGUGGUCUCAAUGACGAGGGGUUGAGAGUCGUACUGGCCGGUCUCCUUGCUGCCAGAAAGACCAGCAGUGGUGCCCCCAGGAAACGACCAAUAAUUUCCGCUGAUGGGCUUGUUGAGCAAGGAGGCGUGGUCGAGAGACUGGUGCUGAAGAACAACAAAAUCGGACCCGAAGGCUGGAAGCAUCUCUGCUUGUUCCUCUACAUGUGCAAAUCCAUCGUCAGCCUGGAUCUGGCAGAGAUUCCGUUUCCCAAGCCACCGCAGCAGCCAACGGCGAACGGGCACAUUCACCAUUUCCACCUUCAUGAAGAGAAGAGGGCCCCGUUAGACAUCAGCGCUCUGUUCGCCAAGUCGGUUGGUGAAAGACUGGCAGGAUCGACUCUUGAAAUGAUUAACCUGAGCAACAUCGGACUGAACCACGCCCAACUCGGCCAGAUUCUUGACGGCAUAAUGCAGUGCGGUGUCCGCAGACUUGGUCUUGCGCACCUUGACCUCGACACUGAUGGUCUCGAGCACAUCAAGAGAUAUCUCACCAGUGGCAAAUGCGAGGCUCUGGAUUUGGGUGGUAACGACUUGCGCGAGCAGUGCGAGAUCAUUGGCGGCGCCAUCGAUGAGUCCAACGCACUAUGGGCGCUUAGCUUGGCUGAGUGCAAUCUCAAGCCAGCCUCGCUGUGCAAACUACUGCCACACCUAUACAAGCUCUCGAAUUUUCGAUUCCUUGAUCUUUCGCACAACCAGUCACUCUUUGACUCGGACCCUAGCGCGGUCGGGGUUCUGAGAAGCUCCGAGCAGGUCAUUGCCCUCGCCGAAGUCAUUCCGGAAAUGAAAUCGAUAGCUCAUAUCAGUUUCCUGGAGAAUCCAGAACUUACGAAACUGGCAGAUGCGAGCACAGAGGAAACACAGGAAGAAGCGUCUGCGCUGUACGCUUCUCUGUUGGCUGCUACGAGAAUAUCCCCCAGCCUCGUCUCUGUGGACAUUGAUGUGCCCACCGAAAGGUCUGGCGAGAUCGUGAAGGCUCUGGCGAAGCAGAUUGUGGCCUACUGUCUGCGAAACAUGGAGCGACUGCCACUGAGGGACGGUGGAUCAGCCCUUGAGGAAGCUUUGGCACAUGGCGCCAAGGAUCCAGAAUAUCCAGAUGUGAUCCAACAUCUCGUUGGGCAUGAUGUCAUGGCGCCCGACACAGAUGACGAGGAGGUCGCACCUGACGAUGACUACAUCGUCGGUGGUACAGGUGUUGCUAAGGCGCUGGCUUGCUGUCUGGACAAUCGCGGAGUUGCGUCGAGGAGAAACUCCGGUGAAUUCGUGCGAGAUUUCGAGACCGGCGUCCCGCAGCCGAGGCCGCAACUGCCAGGCGGAAAGGCGAAGGAUGUGUCAAAGCACUUGCUCCUCAGCGCAAGGAAAAUUCGGCACCGUCUGGAGCCUGCUCUCACCAAGGCAAAGAACAUGGCAGACCAGUCCACCGAAGAGCGGGGCACUUACCAGCGCCUGCUGUUUCUGCAAAGAACUCUGGAUGGCAUCAUCAAGCGGUUUGAGGACGAGUUUCCAGAGACGAAAGAGGCGGCAGACAGUGGUAUAUCGAUUCCGCCGCCGGACAACCAGCUCGAGAAGAUCACUACUCGCAAUUCUCUGUCGUCUGCCGAAGCAGAGCCAGAGCACGUUGCAGGAGGAUCCGAUGCCGAGGAUGACCUGGAGGUGCAGCGCAGCCUAGCUCGAAGCAGCUCCAACCUGUCGCUGUCGUCCCUGGCCCUCGAUCGCGAAGAAGGCCGCGCGCUGCGGUCAGGCCACCAGUUCCGCUCCGGAUGGAUGACGGCGGAGCAAUACCAACUGCUGUCAUCGGCAGGCUUCGAAGAACUGGAGAAGGACCCGCACCAGGUGCGCAUAUUCAACGAGCUAAUUGACGAGCUCGAUGAUGUUGAGAUCAACAAGCUACGGGAAGAGAAGGGCGCCGUGAAGGUGUUCCAGGAGCACAGGCAAAGGAUUGUGGACGCCUGCCGAGAGGCUGACCCUGAGUACUGGGCCAGAUUUGUGGAGAGUCAGGAGAAGGCCAAGGCAAACGUCAAGGUCUCGCAGCCCAAGCCCUGUAACAACGGGACUGGGCCGGAAGUCGCGGUCGCGGAUGAUGAAGUUGCUGUCGCAGACUAG